AUGAUUUAUAGCUUAGUUUGGGGAAAUUAUCUCGUUGGUUUCUGCGUUAAAAUACUGAAUUCAGCCGUUGUGAUCGGAUUCUAUUAUGGAUUUCUGACUACAUUCUCCAUAGGACCGUCUUAUCUCUUCCUUCUUCGAGGGCAAAUCUUAGGAAAGGGAUCUGAAACGAAAAUAUCAGCAACAACCGGGUUUAUUACGGGACAGCUCAUGAUGUUUAUAUCGAUCUAUUAUGCGCCUUUGCAUUUGGCAUUGAGUAGACCUCAUACAAUAACAGUCUUAACUCUACCGUAUCUUUUCUUUAAUUUUGUCCACAAAAAUGACAAACACUACUAUUUGGGUUCGGGAUCCAAACUGGAUUCUGAAUACAAGAAUCCAAAUUCAAUACGUCAUUUUAGGAUUGUUAAAGUAUUCUUUAACAAUCUUUUUUUUCAGUUAUUAAACCCCUUUCUUUUGCCAAGUUCAAUCUUAAUAAGAUUAAUGAACAUUUAUCUGUUUCGAUCCAACAAUAAAUUGUUAUUCUUAACAAGUAGUUUUGUUGGGUGGUUAAUAGGUCACAUCUUUUUAAUGAAAUGUAUUGGAUUGGUAUUAGUCUGGUUACAGCACAAAAAGUCGAUCAAAUAUAAGAUAACUAUGAAAUUUGAUAAAUACAUUCUCCUACAAUUGCGAAAUUAUGUGGGGCAAAUAUUUGUUGUUUUUUCAUUUGUUAGCUUUGCACACUAUUUAGGCAGAACACCGCUCCCAUAUUAUUAUAUUGAGGAAAUGAUGCGAUACGAUGACAGGGACCUGGAGGAAGUCAAAGCUGCAAUAGAUUGGGAAAAGGAAGAAACUAACGAAGAAGAAGAAGAUAUUACUGUUUAUCUUUCUGAUAAAAAAGAGAAUACUUUCAACAAAAAACUCGCCCCGUUGGAAAAAUCUCUUGUAACUACUCUUUUCGAUUAUCGAAAAUGGAAUAGGCCUUUGCGAUAUAUAAAAAAUGAUCACUUUGAAAGGGUUGUAAGAGAUGAAAAUUCACAAUUUUUUUUUCAGGUAUGUCAAAGUGAUGGAAAAAAACGAAUAUCUUUCACGUAUCCACCUCAUUUAUCUACUUUUCUGAAAAUCAUGGAAAAAAAAAUGGAUCUCUUCAGAAGAGAUAAAACCUCCUAUAAUGAUAAUGAAUUGUCUAAUUAUUGGAGCUCUGUUAAUAAAGAAAAAGGAAAUAAACUAAUCAAUGAAUUUUUUCAAAGGGCAAAAAUGAUAGAUAAUAAAUCUAUUAAAUUUAGUCCUGUGGAUGUAUUUGAAAAUCGAAUUAGAUUGUCUGAUGAUAAUAGGAAAACAAAAUACUUAACUAAAAUAUAUGAUCCUUUCUUGAAUGGACGCGUUCGUGGAGAAAUCCAAAAAGGCUUUUCACCCUUCAUUCCAAAUGAAACUGACACAACAAACUACAUUUUGAUAAAUAAGAUUCAUGGUCUCCUUCUUUCUAUUAAUAGUAAUGAUCCAGAAUUUGAACAGAAAAUAGAUCAAUUUGAUAGAAAAUUAUUAUUAAAUGAAAUUGGUUUUUUUUUUAACUUAAUCAGUAAAUUUUCGGAAAAAUCAGUAUCAAGUUUGAAUUUUGACGGACUUUAUUUAUUUCCAGAACAUGAACAAGUAAAAAUAUAUUCCGAAGAAAAAAAAACAAAAAGAAAAUUAUUAUUGGACGCAAUUCGAACUGAUCCUACUAAUAAUACAAUUUUUAAUAGAAAACUAUGUAGUGAAAUAAACGAAAUAAGUAAAGAAGUUCCUCGAUGGUCAUACGACUUAGUCGACGAAUUGGCGGUAUUGAUGGACGCGAGUCCAAAGGAGUCUCAGAUUCGUUCCCCAAAAGCUGACCGUAUAGUUCUUUUUAAUAGUAAAACAGAUUCUAAUGACAAUCAGAAUAGUGCUGAACCGGACAGAAAUACUGAAUUUGCUGUAGUUCAUUAUUCACGCGAACCAGAUUAUUGCCGAGACCUAAUCAGAGGAUCUAUGCGCCCUCAAAGGCGUAAAACAGUAACUUAUAAACUCUUUCAAGGAACUGCACACUCCCCUCUUUUUUUGGAGAUAAUGGGCGACUACGCGUUCUUGUUUGGUGAUCUUGUCUAUGAUAUCUCCCAAUAUUUGAAAGAAUAUUUCAGGAAACCGGGUACUGAUAAUUCGGAAUUUUUGGCGUUUGAGAAAACGAUAGAACAGAAAGAGAUAGAGGAAAACAAAGACGAGUCUGAAAUAAGACUUAGACAAAUCGAAGAAGCCUGGGAGAGCAUUCUCUAUGGUCUAAUAAUCAGAAGUUUUGUAUUACUAUUCCAAUCAAUAUUUAGAAAAUAUAUUCUAUUACCUUCAUUGAUAAUCACAAAAAAUAUCAUUCGUAUACUAUUAUUUCAAAAUCCUGAAUGGUCAGAAGAUUUGAGGGAUUGGAGAAAAGAAGUCCAUAUUUACUGCACCUAUCAGGGCGUUCCAGUAUCUCACACCGCGUUGCCAACAAACUGGUUCUGGGAGGGUAUUCAGAUAAGGAUCUUAUUCCCUUUUGUUCUGAAACCGUGGCACAAUAAGGUACGAUCUACUGAAAAAAAAAAAAAAUCUACUGAAAAAAAAAAAGAUCCACUGAAAGAAAAAAACUUAUGGUUUUUAACAGGUUAUGGAACACAAGUCGAAUCGUACCUUGAUGAUCAUGUCCCAAACCCUUUUUUAUUUUUGGGUCCCAUUUUAAAAAAAAUAAAAAAACAAUUGAAAAAAGAUUUGAAAAAUCGUUUUUUUCUAGUUCUAAAAGUUUUUAAUGAAAGAAAAAAGGGGUCUCGAAUCGUGUUAGAAGAAAUCGAAAAUAGGUUCAAAAAAAGAGAUGAAUUGAGUGAAAGCAAAAAAAAUUCAACAAUCAGUAAGAGUAAUCCAAUGAUUGAGGAAUCGCCCGUUCUAAUUCAAUCUAUGAAUUGGACAAAUUUCACAGAAAAAAGGAUAAAAGAUCUUAAUGUUAAAACAAAGACAAUCUUAAAACAACUAGAAAAAAUGACAGAAGAAAAAAAAGAGGGGGUUAUAACUUUAGAGAUUAAUUUGAAUUCUACCAAAACUACUUAUGAUGCUAAAAGAUUAGAAUUACUAAAAAAUAGUUUGAAAAUAUUAAAAAGAAGAACCGUUCGAUUAAUCCGUAAAUCCUAUUUUUUUUUUCAAAUUUUAAUGGGAAGGAUAUACAUAGAGAUCGUUUUCUCUAUCACUCGUAUUAUUAUGAUGUCUGGACAACGUUUUCUUAAUAUUAUUGAAUUAACAGACAAAAUUGUAAAUGUAUUUAUUUCCAUUUACACUAAAAAAAAAAAUGAACAAAGAGUUCAUAAAACAAAUGAAAGUAUAAUUCCAUUUAUGUCGAUUAUAGACAAAUCUUGGAAUAUUACAGAUAUGAAUUCACAGAAUUCUUGUGAUGUAUCUUCUUUGUCACAAGCCUAUGUAUUUUUUAAAUUAUCACAAGUUAGUAAUGGAUAUAAAUAUAAGUUAAGAUCUAUUUUUGAAUCUCAUGGAAGAUCUUUGUUUCUUAAGAAUGAAAUAAAAGAUUAUUUUUUUAGAAUACAAGGAGGAAGAUUAAAUUCCAAAUUAAGACAUAAGAACCGUCCCGAUUCUAUAAUGAAUCAAUGGAUAAAUUGGUUAAAGGUUCAUUAUCAAUAUGCUUUACCUCAGAGCGGAUGGUCAAAAUUAGUACCACAAAAGUGGAGGAAGAGAAUCCAUGAACAUCGCGUGGCUCAAAAGAAAAAUUUAGUUGAAUAUGAUUCAUCUGAAAAAAACCAAUUCAUUUUUUACAAAAAACAAAAAAAACAACAAGUAGAUUUAUUAGAAAAAAAAAAAAAAAUAAAAAAACAAUAUGGAUAUGAUCUUUUCUCCUAUCAAUAUAUAAAUUAUGCAGAUAACAAAAAAUCCUAUAUUUAUGGAUAUAAAUCACCAUUGCAAGCAAACAAAAACCAAACGAUUAAUUACAACAUACCUAAAAAUAAAAAAGAAUUAUUUGAUAUAAUGGGCGAUAGCUUUAUCCAAAAUUAUAUAGCAGAAGAUGGUAUUAUAGAUAUGGAUAUGGAAACAAUGGAAAAAAAUCUGAAUAGAAAGUAUCUAAAUUGGAUGGGAAAAAGAAAAAAGAAUUCCAAAACGAAUCAGAAAUUAUUGACUCCGAGAUUUGGGUUCUUUUCAAAAUUAAGUGCAUAUAAGAAGAAUCCUUGGAUCUUACCAAUGAAUUUCUUUUUUGUGCAGUUUUAUGGAAACAAAAACAUUACUGAUGUAGCCAAGUUAAAGUUAGAAAAGAAAGAAUACGGGAAGCAAGCAGAUCUCAAAUCAUAUCUCUCAAACUAUUAUAGGGACACUCGGUAUAGUAUAACUAGAUACAGGAAGGAUCUAAAUGGCGAACAAAAUUUCUUACUAGAUAAAUAUUUUGGUUUUUAUUUGCACUGUAAGACUCCCGUCCAAGAAACACUAAUGGAUAAUAUCAACUUAUAUUGUCUCCUGGUUAGAUUGAAAAAUCUAAAACAAUUUUUCAUAAUGUCUAUAAAAAAGGCAGACCUCGAUUUUGAAAUUACGGCGCGUCUGCAGAUGAAGGACACUUGUUAUACAGAAUGUAGGGACACAGAGGAAUUGAGGGACAACCUAAUGUUUUUUAUUGAACCUAUUCGUAUUUCUAGAAAAAACUAUGAACAAUUUUUUAUAUAUCAAACCAUAAGCAUAUCAUUGAGGCACAAACGUAAAAUUUUGAAAAGAAACUAUGAUUUACUUGUUCCUGAAAAUCUUUUGUCCACUAGACGCCGUAGAGAAUUGAGAAUUCUAAUUUGUUUGAACCCACAGAAUAGAAAUACUGUGCAUAGAAACACAAUAAAUGACACUGAGAAAAAACGAAAUAAUUCUUCUGAAGUUUUGACUCAAAAUGAAGAUAUUGAUAGCGAUACAAAAAAACUAAUGACUUUAAAAUUCUUUCUUUGGCCAAAUUAUCGAUUCGAAGAUUUAGCUUGUAUGAACCGCUAUUGGUUUGAUACACAUAAUGGAAGCCGUUUCAGUAUAUUAAGAAUACAUAUGUAUCCUCGAUUGAAAAUCUAG